AGAACAAGUUGGGGAAACCCAGUUCCCCUCUUAGAAGGCUUCAUAUAGAAGUGUGGGGAUCCUAGGAAUCCUCAGAGAGUGAUUCCCGUAGUGGGCGAGGCAUUCUACAGCAUUUCACCCGAGAAGCAGGGACCUGGUGUGACCCUCCUGUGAGAGUGAGCUUCAGCAAUGCUGUAAAAAUACUUUAUGUUGCCACAGACAUCUGAAUUGGUAAAAUGGCAGCCCACGAAGCCUCCCAUCACCAACAGCAGGCAGCACAGAACAGCUUGCUGCCCCUCCUGAGCUCUGCUGUGGAGCCCCCUGAUCAGAAACCAUUGCUUCCAAUACCAAUAACUCAGAAACCUCAGGCUGCUCCAGAAACAUUAAAGGAUGCCAUUGGGAUUAAAAAAGAAAAACCCAAAACUUCCUUUGUGUGCACUUACUGCAGUAAAGCUUUCAGGGACAGCUAUCACCUGAGGCGCCACGAGUCCUGCCACACAGGCAUCAAGUUGGUGUCCCGGCCAAAGAAAACCCCCACCACGGUGGUUCCCCUUAUCUCCACCAUCGCUGGGGACAGCAGCCGAACUUCGUUGGUCUCAACCAUUGCAGGCAUCUUGUCAACAGUCACUACAUCUUCCUCGGGCACCAACCCCAGCAGCAGUGCCAGCACCACAGCUAUGCCUGUGACGCAGUCUGUCAAGAAACCCAGUAAACCCGUCAAGAAGAACCAUGCUUGUGAGAUGUGUGGGAAGGCCUUCCGAGAUGUGUACCACCUCAACCGGCACAAGCUCUCCCAUUCGGACGAAAAGCCCUUCGAGUGUCCUAUUUGUAAUCAGCGCUUCAAGAGGAAGGACCGGAUGACUUACCAUGUGAGGUCUCACGAAGGAGGCAUCACCAAACCCUAUACUUGCAGUGUUUGUGGGAAAGGCUUCUCAAGGCCUGACCACUUAAGCUGUCACGUAAAACAUGUCCAUUCAACAGAAAGACCCUUCAAAUGCCAAUUUUCCUCCCUCAUGCAGACGUGCACUGCUGCCUUUGCCACCAAAGACAGACUGCGGACACACAUGGUACGCCACGAAGGCAAAGUAUCCUGUAACAUCUGUGGGAAGCUCCUAAGCGCAGCAUACAUCACCAGCCACUUAAAGACACACGGGCAGAGCCAAAGUAUCAACUGUAAUACAUGUAAACAAGGCAUCAGUAAAACAGCGUGCAUGAGCGAAGAGACCAGCAGCCAGAAGCAGCAGCAGCAGCAUGUGACGAGCUGGCCAGGGAAGCAGGUAGAGACGCUGAGACUGUGGGAAGAAGCUGUCAAAGCAAGAAAGAAAGAAGCUGCUAACCUGUGCCAAACCUCCACGGCUGCUACGACACCUGUGACUCUCACUACUCCAUUCAAUAUAACGUCCUCUGUGUCUUCUGGGACUAUGUCAAACCCAGUCACAGUGGCAGCUGCAAUGAGCAUGAGAAGUCCAGUAAAUGUUUCAAGUGCAGUUAACAUAACCAGCCCAAUGAACAUAGGGCACCCUGUGACUAUAACCAGCCCAUUAUCCAUGACCUCUCCUUUAACACUCACUACCCCAGUCAACCUCCCCACCCCCGUCACUGCCCCAGUGAAUAUAGCACAUCCUGUCACGAUCACGUCUCCAAUGAACCUGCCCACGCCUAUGACGUUAGCUGCCCCUCUCAAUAUAGCAAUGAGGCCUGUAGAGAGCAUGCCUUUCUUACCCCAAGCUUUGCCUACAUCACCACCUUGGUAAACAGUAUUAUAAAAUCAAAAUAUGGGUUCAAGUAAAUAUUUACCAGCAACUUUUAGUUUAUUAAAGCAAAAGGUAAACCAUGAAAUUGGGAGAUUUAUUACAUUAGUUAUUAAUAGUGUAGUAGCAUUAUUCUCCAAUUUGGCUGGGAUUGUUCAAAGUAGGGUGUGUAUGUCACUUAUCACUGGACCACUUUAGUUUAAUCAGAAAUUCCUUUUAGCUGACAGCAUUGCUUAAACAGGAUAGUAGUUGGCAAGAUGAAAUGCCGGAAUUAAAACCAAUCAUAAAAAAGCAAAACCCACUUCAAAAUUAAAAAGCAGCAUUACUGUUUUGAUCCCAAGAAAUCAUUUUAUUCUGAACACUAGCAGAACUCUUCUCCCCAGGAUGGCUGAUUUUAACCUGAAGUUCUAAAUCCAUGGAUUGAGAGCUAGUGUAAAAUUGUCUGUGUUUAUUGUUUUUAUGAGUAAAUACAUGCAUUGUCAUAAUAAAAUGCAUUUCAGAGAAUAUGCAUUUUACCUUUGGGAAUAUGUUAAUUUCAGGCAGCAUUCCCUAUGGGAAAGGUGAUACCAGCUCUGAUAUGCAAAGCAUAUGAUAAUUUAUCAUUCUAUCUUCAACAUAUAAUAGGGAUUGUGACCUGAUAUUUGGAGAUGUAAAUAUUGCUCAGCAUACUAAUCCUGAUGGAAUAUAGCAUUGUAGUUGACUUUUUAAAAAAAAUUAAAAAAAUAAAAACAAAAUAUACACAUUGUGUUUUGGUAAGAAAAGGCCGCAGCUGACAGAGGAGAAGUCAAGUGUGCGGGCAGGCAGACUCCUAACAAAUGGAGGCCAAUGGGACUUCUAUUCAGAGGUCAAGGAGUACUUUGGAACAGUUAAAAUAUAUUGCUUUAAUUGGAAGACGCUGGAGGCACUGGGAUGUGAUAUGCCCCUCUCUCUCCCAAUCAGAGCCUGUUGAUAUUUCAACAGGGAAAGGUGUGUUAGUUGCUCAUUAGAGUUUAUGUCUUAUAUUAAAUUGUAUACAGUUUUUAUUCUAACCACUAACUAGGUAGUAUGCCCCUUCAGAACAAGCAGAGUGUAUCUUUUUUUUAAAAAAUUUCUCCUGUUUCUUAAUCAAGUAUUGUGCAGAUUUGUUCAACUUUGUAAAUAUGGACAUCACUUUUUUUUCUUUGAGAAAACACUUCUAACAGCUCUGUCGGGUUUUCAGGGAGACAGCUGUCUGCACUCCCUGCAGAAAUCCAGCAAUGAUUGUGCACGUUAAGACAUGUGCUUUUUAUUUCUUAGCAGGAUGUUUUAUCUCUGUACAUAAAGUAGAAACCAAAAGCUAGGGAGACAGAUACUCUUUACACCAUCAUGCCACACAUUAAUGUUUCUAAAGCAUUGUGUUUUGAAAAAAAGUUACUAAAACCAAGAUGCUGUGAUUUUUUUUUUUAAGUUGCAAUAUGGUUUUGGUUUUUUUUCCUUUUUUUAAUCUUGCAGUUAAGAGAAAUGGACAUUAGUUGUGUUAAUCUUGCAGAAUGUUUGCAGGACUGACUAUCAAACUGGAUGACUUCCAUUUAUACCCCACUGUGUCAGUUCAAGCAUCAAAAUACCUUGCAUCUGAGGCAGACUUCCUACAUCAGGGACAGGUAUCUGUGUGUCAUUUUACAAAACAGUUCGAGGGGGUUGAACUACGUAGUAAAAAAAUAAAUAGUACUUAGUGUAAAAUAAUUUUAUAAAUGAUCUUUUGUACUUUAGGACAUUAAAUUGUACAACUUUUGUAUAUAUAAAAGCUUAGGAACUUUCUGUUUAGCAGGAAGGCAACACAUUCCUACACUUUUAAUGUAUAUGUUUGUUAUAAUGUCCAUGUAAACAUGCCCUAUGUUUGUGCCUUUUAAUUAGUUUGUCUCAAUAAACAAAAUGUAGAGAAAAAUA